UGAGAGUGGCAAUAGCGAAUCUUUUUCUAUUUAGUAUUUACUCACCAACGAGUAGGUUUGUUUAAGCAGUCGAUUUCUGUCUCACUCUCGCGUCUCCUCUCGCUCUCGACUCUCCGCUAGAUCUGAUCCAAGAGAAAGGUGAAAAUUUCUGUUUGUGGUCAAGAGUUCUGAUAUGGGUCGUGGAGUUAGCAGUGGCGGUGGUCAGAGUUCACUUGGCUACUUGUUUGGGAGUGGAGAGGGCCCAAAGCCAGCUGCAAACAACCUACAUCCUGCUCCAAGUGAAGGGAAGCCUGUAAAUAGUGGGCCUUCACCAAAGACUACUGCUGCUUCUCAACCAGUAGAUGUUACUAAACAGAUUCCUGCGGGUAUACAUAGUAGCACUGCAAAUGUUCAGAACAAUGGCAGUUUCAUCACAGAUCGGCCCUCAACCAAGGUCCACGCUGCCCCUGGCGGCGGAUCGUCUCUGGGUUACCUCUUUGGCGAUGGCAAAUGACGACACAGUCAUCAUGCCUUGUAAUGCAUCAUGUUCUUCUCUGUGGAACUUGUGUGGGAUGGCUUGUUUUUAGCUUUGGUGAACAGUGUUAAAACCUGAUCUUUGUCAUGUUCUAUAGCGGUUGGAUGGUGGUUUAAAACUCAGUUUCAGAUGCGAAGUCGUCUGGAAGAAGCUUAAUUACUGUGAUUGUUAAAAGACCCAUGUAAUGUUGUGUUCCUAUCAAUUGACUUUUGAGAUUGGUGCCUA